GUGCGCCCGCCAGCCCGCCAGCUGCCCGCGCCAGUCGCAGGCCGAGGGCCAGUCGCCCGCGGGCCGGCGUUCCGCAGCCCGUUCACGCCCCGCCCCUGCCCUUCCGCGGGACGAGUAACGAUUACAGGGCACUUUCUCGGCGGCGAUUUCUGCUUAGUCAUUGCCUUCCAGGAAACCGCUCCCUGGGUUUGGAGUCAACUCUCCCGCGGAGCCAAGCCAGUCGCUCUUCUCUCCCGGCCGCCGCUCCUCCGCUCCGCCGGCGCCCGGCCUCCUCCGCCCGAGCGCAGACCGGGCUGCAGCCGCGUGGGGUCGGCACCCUCGCGCUGACCUCUCGGGCCCCGGACACAUCGUCCUGCGGGGCAGUCGCCCAUCCGCCCGCCCUCCCACGGUCCCGUCGCCGCUCGGGCGGCCGCUGCCAUGGGUACCAACAGUCGCGCGGCCGGAGCGCUCCUGGCGCGGGCCAGCACCCUGCACCUGCAGACCGGGAACCUGCUCAACUGGGGCCGCUUGCGGAAGAAGUGCCCGUCCACGCACAGCGAGGAGCUUCGAGAUUGUAUCCAAAAGACCUUAAAUGAGUGGAGUUCCCAAAUCAGCCCAGAUUUGGUGAAGGAGUUUCCAGAUGUCUUGGAAUGUACUGUAUCUCAUGCAGUAGAGAAGAUUAACCCUGAUGAAAGAGAAGAAAUGAAAGUUUCUGCAAAACUGUUCAUUGUAGGAUCAAAUUCUUCAUCAUCAACUAGAAAUGCAGUUGACAUGGCCUGUUCAGUCCUUGGAGUUGCACAGCUGGAUUCUGUGAUCAUUGCUUCACCUCCCAUUGAAGAUGGAGUUAAUCUUUCCUUGGAGCAUUUACAGCCUUACUGGGAAGAAUUAGAAAACUUAGUCCAAAGCAAGAAAAUUGUUGCUAUAGGUACCUCUGACCUAGACAAAACACAGUUGGAGCAGCUAUAUCAGUGGGCACAGGUAAAACCAAAUAGUAACCAAGUUAAUCUUGCCUCCUGCUGUGUGAUGCCACCUGAUUUGACUGCAUUUGCUAAACAGUUUGACAUACAGUUGUUGACUCAUAAUGAUCCAAAAGAACUGCUUUCUGAAGCAAGUUUCCAAGAAGCUCUUCAGGAAAGCAUCCCUGAUAUUCAAGCACGCGAGUGGGUACCACUGUGGCUGCUGAGGUACUCCGUCAUUGUGAAAAGUAGAGGAAUCAUCAAAUCAAAAGGCUACAUUUUGCAAGCCAAAAGAAGGGGUUCUUAAUUACAACUUAGGGUUUAUAACCUAAGUUGAUCUGUACUUUUCUUGAAUAUAAAAUUGAGAUGUGUAAAAAUCUAGCUAUGAUCUAUUAAUAGUGUCAUUGAGGCACAUAUUCUUUAGUAUGGUGGAUAGUAUGUUAUGUUUUGAUUACUUCUUUUGCCUCCAUAUCAGUCCACUCACGUGAACCACUGUAUUGUUUUUAUUAAGCAGUUGUUUUCUAAUUGAAAUUGUCUAUAUAAAGAAAAUACUUGGAAUAUAUUUUUCCUUUAUUUUUAUGAGUAAUAGAAAUCAAGAAAAUUUGUUGGUAGAUAUAUUUUGGUCUAGGGUUCAGGAUAAUGUAUAUACAUAUUUUUUAUUUCCAAAAAUUCAUCAAUUGCUUUUUACUCUACAAUAUAGCAAAGCAAUUUAAUUUCAGUUGUUAAAACUGAAAUACGGAAAGAUAUUUUUUUCUGUCACUGAUGAAUAACUAUCACUAACUGGAGUAGCUGGGAUCUAGUAUUAUAAAUAAAAUUUAUUCUUGAAUACAUGGAUAGCAACAAUUUUUUAUAUGUUCUUGCCUGUAGUUUACUUAUGCUUUAACUAUGUAUCCUUGUGCCAUAUUUUCUUCUAUUUACAAAAACAAACCAAAGUAAAUCUAAAAUGUAGUUUUGAAAUUAUUGUUUGAAGGCUUUAUAAAACUACCACUAUCGUCUCUAGAUUCUUUAUAAUUCAAAAUGCAUCCUCGAAGUAUUGCUACUCAUUUGAGUUACUUCAGUAAGUAUUGCACCCUUACAUGUGCUGGGCACUGUGGACUCUAGACAAAACAUGAGGCACAGAACUACAAUCAGUUAUGUGAUGGUUGUUUCCCAUUAAUUACCAACUAGGAGGUACCAAAGCCAGAAAAGUAUAAAAAAAUUAUCUUUACUUCAGGACCAACAUUAUAUAUGUGGACAACUUUGAGCUAUGAUCUAGGUACCAGGGAUUAUACCCAAACCCCUUGCUAAACCACAAACUCUUACCACUUAACUACGCCCCCCCCCCAGCCUGAUCUUAACUAUCUUAAAUCAGAACAAUAUAAUCAAAACUUUAGAGCUAGAAGAAACUAUAGCUCAUAGAGUAUAAUUCACUAGUUUAAGAACCAGAAAACUGCAAAUAAAUAAGCUAUGGCCUUUGAUACAUACUAAAGUCCUCCUUAAUUUUAUACAUUCAUAACCGAGGUAGUUUUUAAAAUUUUUUUUUGUCUUUUUCUUUUUUUUUUUACGGGUACCGGGGAUUGAACUCACAACCACAGACUUGCAGGGCACGCGCUUAUGCCGCUAAGCUAAAUCCACAGCUCCGGUUUUUUAAAUUCUUUAAAAAAUUUCAUGUGUCUCAAUACUUUUAAACCAUGGAUCUAUAAUAAUAUUAUUUUGCUCAGAUUUUUUCAAAGUAACUAUGGUUACUUUAAGUAGCCAUAAAAUAAAUACAAUAUAACCUUUUCAUACAUAAAGUUUUAUGGUUUACUAGUUGGAAAAUUUGAUGAUUAGAAUUACGUGAAUUCAACUGAUUUGCCUGCUAAAACUUAGACUUUGAGCUCUUUAAGCCUUUCUAGCCUUUAUAUAAAUCAUAUGUAACAUUAAAUAUAGUUAACUUUUUAAUUUAGAAAUGUACAGGAUGAUUCCACAUAAGUCCUUAAAUGCUUAUUUUAAAUCUAUGCAGUGAAAUGCUGAGAUAUUUUAAAAAGGAACAUUAAUGUCCCAUUUAUCAUUUUUCAAAAUCUAAAAUAUACAAAGUGGAUUCUCUGAAGGGUUAUUUUGAAAAUGGAAAAGCAACUUGCAUUGAUAAUGUUUCUGAACCUCAGUAGAAGCUUUUUGUGAUCUUUACUCUGUUGACAAAGAAGUAAGGUGAUAGAUUCAUUUUGUGAAGGAGAUUAUGUAUUGAACUUUUAAAUGGAAUUUUGAUGUUUUUGAUGUUUCAUUCUACCUUAAAUAGAUUUUUAAGGCUUUAUAAUUUUUCAAGCUGUUUACAUCUUUUUUCAUGAACUUCAGAAAUUACUGAAUAAUGAAUACUUUCCAAAUAUUAAGUACUUAAUGUUUUAAAAGCCAUAAAUGAAGUGGUAAUAUUAUCAAAUAAUCGCUUAAGACUAAAAUAAGUGAUCAAUAGUAUAUAUGACAGAUAUGCUUUCUGGGAGAUGUGAAUCUAGUAACCCAAGGUAGAAAGUUUAUAUAGUUUUUCCCGAGUAAAUACAUAAAGAAGCUGUAGUUUGUUAUUAAAUUUCCACAAUACACUGGAGCCUUACUUAACACAAUGUACUGUAACUUGGAAUUUGUCCUGAAUGCCACCCAUCCAAGAAGCUGUAGUCACCAGAAGGACCACAGUGUUAUAUAUUCACCUGGUGUAAAUUGUGAAGACCACAUUGUGCCAGUAUAUUAUUAGAGUGUCCACUGAGGGAUGGCUAGUGCUAGAACUUGUAUCAUAAGUAAUAGCUAGUAAUUUUUCAGGUCUCAAAAAAAAGAGAUCAUUUGGACCACUCUAUAAAAAUAAAAAAUUAGAAAGUUACUCUGUUCUACAUGAAUGGUCUCCUCUGUCCCAUAGCCAAGUAACAACUAAAAUUAGAAACUCAGUUUUCAGUGAUAAAAGGUCCAAGGCUCAUUUUAGAUUUUGUUUCCAGGUUUUCUAUUCAAUAUUUUCAACUUUUGGGUCUGUAAGAACUGAUGUAUUUAUUGUAUUUUAGACUAACCAUUCAUCUUUCUGCCAGAUGUAUAUUUCAAGAAAUGUGAAGCUGUUUGAAUGAAAAUUUUAACCAUU